AUGUCAACUAGGAGUGAGAAAGAUCAAUUCCUUAGUAGUCUUGGCGAUGACGGAAACUCCGAAAGUUGGCUUGUUGGAAACUCACCUCAGAAAAAUGUGAAAAUUGAGACAGGAUGUAAUGACGAAACUGACCUCGUUGAUAGAAUCAGUCAUCUACCUCACGCUCUAAUUGUUCAGAUUCUUUCUCGACUGUCCAUAAUUGAUGCCUUCAGAACAAGUAUUCUUUCUAAAGAUUGGCGAUACUUCUGGACUGCUAUCGACAAUCUUGUUUAUGACAAUGAGGAGUUUAAUUGUUCAGAUAGCUCGAUGGUACACAAAUUCAUUUCCUUAACAGAUAAUGUACUACCUCUCCUUAGCAGCUCUAGCAUUAAAAAGUGCAGUCUAAACUUUGUGUUCAGACAUAAUGAUGAGGUGUCUUAUUUUCCCGUAAUUGACAAGUGGCUAGAAUUUGCUGUCAACAAGAAAGUGGAGGGUCUAAGCCUGAAGAUAAGUUAUGAUACUGAUGAUAUUGAGAAUGACCAACCUUAUAGUCUUCCAAAAGUUUUCUGUAGUAGUUCGUCGAUCCAAAAACUCAAAUGCCAGAAUUGCAGAAUAUUAGACGACUGUGUAUUAAAUUGGACAUCGUUGAAGAUUUUGACAUUGGAAGAUUUGUUAAUCCAGGAUAAACACAUUAGCCAAAUAAUGUCCAAUAGCCCUCAGUUGGAAUCAUUCAGUCUCUAUAAAUUUUGUGGAUUUAAUUAUUUGCACAUGACUUCUCCAAAUUGUAAGAAACUUAAAUUGAUUGAUCACUAUCAUCCUACUGGAGAUUGGUUUUCAUUCGAAGGUGAUUGUUGCUUUGAAGUUGUUGCUCCGUAUGUUGAACAUUUAACGAUUUUUGGAGAUUUUGAUUAUACGAUUAUUGAGCUUAAGGACUUGUCAUCUUUGGACCAUGCCAAACUUGAUCUCUGUAGUGAUGAGUUUGAUUCGCUGGAUGAGGGCAUACUCAUAGAUCUUUUGGUAAGCGUUGGUUGUGCUAAUGAGCUAAUACUUUCAUCCUGGUUUAUCAAGGUCAGUUAUCAGUUUCAAAUGUCUCUUGUCUUUAAUUUUUAUGUUAAUUGUGAAUAG